UGAAACUCGACGACGGAUCCGACGAACUUUCUUUAUUCUUCAAUGACGUUACCGAACAACGGCUAGAGUAAAUUUUCGCCCUCUCUCUUUCUAUUCAUUGAUGAUAAAUAAAAGUCUUUUUCUGCCUGGAAUAGAGUUAUAUUAUUUAAAAAUAACAUUCUAAACAUACAUGAUAAAUAUCGAUGCAAUUCGAAUAAAAUAUUAAUGCACCACGUUCAAUAAAAGGUAGCUCUUUGUGUCGUAGCAGUCGUGAUGGAUAUUUUCACUGAAAUGAUGUGUCAGUACGAGAAUAUGUCAUGGAAUAAAAUAUGGUAAUUUAUUACAACGAAAGAGAUUAACACAUCACACAGUGUGGAGGGUUUCACAAAAAUGUUUAUGUUUUCUAAGAUUGAAAAUACAAGUCAUAAAUAAGAAGAAAUAAACAGGAUAUACAGAUUAAUUGAGGUUGUACCAUGGCAGCCAUUCGGCAUACCUUGCAGAGGGAAGUAUUUACUCCUAGUGAUGAGAAACUAUUAAGCGUAUGUUAUGUCAGUAAAGCUUAUAAGAAGAAAAAGAUGAGUUUCUUGUGUCUAGCUACAACGACAGAUACACCAGAGUCUCUCAUAUUAUAUCAAGUGAAGAAAAACGAUAAGAAUAUUUAUAAGAAAAAACAAUCCUGGCCUCUGAGCGAUAUACAAGUCGUCGAUGGUAUAAAAAAUGAUUCGAUGGACAUAGAGCUACAUAUUGAUAAAGUAUACAAAUGGUCGUCCACUACGGUACAGGAGAGGCGAACAUUUAUCAGUAAUUUGUACACUUACUCAUGCAGUCUAACCCAGAGACCAGAAUUCAAGAACAUUCCUAAAGAAUGGCUGAUCGAUCCGACCGCAUUGAAGGAAAGUGAUAGUAUUACGUUUACACCUGAUCUUCUGGCGUCGCCUAUUUCUUCCGACUAUCAACCUAUCACUGAAAAAGAAGCCGCUGACUUGAAACAAAUGAUGGAAAAUUGCGAAUGUGCUGUUUCCAAUGCUGAACUCUUUAUGGAAACACUUUCGAAGGAUCUCUCUAUUCUUGAUGGGGAAAAUGUAUACUCAGUCCUGGCAUCGGAGCAAAGAGUAACACAGUUGAUGAACAGUAUAGACGCUGCGAUAAUUGAGACUUCCAUCGUAGAGGCACGAUUAGCGGCGUACGACGAAGCAUUAGGAAGAAUAAGAGAAGUGAUGGCCCGAGUUGGGCAAAAGAAUCAGGCUAUACAUACAGCGAAUAAUAACGCGAGGCUGUUGUUGAAUCAGCUAAAUACGGUCAUUUCGCAGUUAGAUAUUUCCGCGACGCACCAGCGCACUUUGAACGAGGCCGAAUUACCAGGCGAGAGGGAAGAGCUUGGUCUGGCGGGCGCGGCGCUCUUGAAGGCGAUCACGGCCCCUCUUCCACCAGGUUUGGACAAACUAAGCGCUGUCACUGAGCAGAAGAGGCGACUGGACAAGCUCAAGGCGAAAUUCUCGGUCAUUGUUGCGAGACAUUUGAAUAAUCUCUUCAUACAUUUGGGCAACGAUAUCGGGGACACGUCGACUUCCAUGACGGACCUGAUCCUACCCACUCACCAGGGAGUUCAUCACGAGCUGGUGCCGUACACCGAACUGAUGCAAUUGUUGAGAGCUCUGGAUAACAAGGCGUUCGUGCAACUGACCAAAGUCUACACCGACACGAUGAGCAAAUUGUACAAGAGGGAUCUGAAGCGUUUCUUCGAGGAGGCCAAGAACAAACUCGUCACUAAGCGGCUGCAAGUGAAUACAUCAAGGUCAGGCGGUCAGAAAGGCGAGGACCUGCUGAAUCCGGCCCCGAUCUGUCUGCUGAGCGGCGAAGUGUGGGCGCCUGUCGGCGAAGGGAAUCUCUUGGAUUCUGUUCUCGACUGCGUGCUCUCACAAAUGCAGCCGGUCUGCCUCGCCGAACAGGGAUUUUGCGUCUCGUUUCUUCAGCUCGAUUCCGUUCUCUCGCCUUCCAAAAGCAGCGAGAUAGAAGAGGUGGAGAGCACGAGCGGCAACGGUGCGGCCAGUCCCGGCUCGGUGACCUCGACAGCGAGCAAGAGGCUGGAACGGCAGGUGAACGAGGACGUGCGCGCGACCAUGGCCGCGAUAUUCCCGUCGUUGGAGGCCGAAUUGAACAACUUCAUCGGCUUCCUGGAUAAGAUAGACAGUUUCUGGUGUAUGUACGUGCUGGUGCGUUUGUCGCAGCACGUCAUGUCCGCCCAGGACACCGGUUCGUUCCUGUCGAUGACGUUCGCGUCCGCUCUGAUCCACGUGAAGCGCGCCUUCGACAAGUUCAUGCAAGCCCAGCUGCAGUCCAUACUGUGCGACACGAAGGUCAACCGACGGCACAAGUGCGGCAUACUGCCGUACAUAGAGAAUUUCGGGCCGUUCGCGAGAACGGCGGAGAAGAUCUUUCGCAACUCCGACAGGAAAGUCGAUCUUGACAAGUGGUACACGAAGCUGGUGAGCACCAUGUUCGACGCUAUCGUCAUUCAUAGCCGAGAACAUCACAAAACUCCGCAGGAGGUCAUUAAAAUGGAGAAUUUCCACCAUCUGUACGAUCUCCUAUCGCAAUUAAAAAUUUCCGUGCUGGAUCACGAGCGAAAAGAGGCUAAACAAAAAUAUCAAGAUGCGCUGCGCGCUUACGUUACGCAAUACUUCGGACGACCCCUUGAGAAACUUAAUUUAUUCUUCGAGGGCGUUCAAGCUAAGGUAGGGGCCGGUGUGAAAGAGUCCGAAGUUAGUUAUCAGAUGGCUUUCAGCAAGCAAGAAUUAAGACGAGUGGUAAAGGAAUAUCCUGCGAGAGAAGUUAAAAAAGGCUUGGAGAAUCUGUAUCGCAAAGUUGAGAAACAUCUGUGCGAAGAGGAGAAUUUGUUGCAGGUCGUUUGGCGUGAGAUGCAGAAUGAAUUUAUUGCGCAAUAUAGAAAUAUAGAAGAGCUGAUACAACGUUGCUACCCAGACAGUAUGGUGACGCUGGAAUUUACUAUUCAGGAUAUUUUGGAAUUUUUCUCGGAAAUAGCGCGAUCUCAUUAAAUCGCUGAAACGAAAUAACACAUAAACGAUAUUAGUUAACUCAAAUAGAUAUUAAUAUAAUUAUAUUGAUAAUUACUAGAACAAUUUUAAGGAGAGCAAUGCUACUUGAUCAUGUAUAUGUAAGCAUCCUCGAAUGUCACGACAAAAAAUUAUGUAAUAAACAA